AUGAUAUUGAUGAUAUCUAUAGAGUCUAAUUAUGAUUCAUCGAAAAAGUCACUUCCUGCAUCAUUACAAAUACGAACUAAUAAGCAUCGUUGUUUUAUUUUUUGUAUUGGACAUACUUCAUUAACAUGUGUACCAGGUAUUGGUAAGAAAAAUAAGCAAUUAUUAAAUCAAUCUGGCAUACAUGAUUUAACAACACUCUAUUCAAAGUAUCGUUCAAUAGAUAAUAUUGAAGAUUUUAAACAAUGGUUAAUGUAUGAUAUCGGCUUUACAUCGUAUCAAGCAAAUAUGACAACAUGUGGGAUUAGUUCGAAAUUAGGAGAUUUUAAAGACACAUAUACGGGUUUACUACCAAUAUGUUGUUCAUCAAAAGAAAGACGAAAUGAAAAAUAUAGUUUACUAUUGAAUCAUGGCAAUAUCAAUAAACGAUAUCGACAUAUACAAUCAACAAAUGAGAAAAUUAACGAGAGAGAAAUAAAAAGACUGAAAAUCGAAGAAAUCAAAUCUGAAAAGCGACUGAUAAAUUCAUUUCAUGAUCAAAUAGAGUAUGAAUCUUCUGAUAAUCAAAUAUCGCAGCAAACAACUACCGAUGUCAGCAUUGAUUCACAGAAACAAAAAUGUCCGUCACUAGAGCAAAUAUCGCUGUCUCAUGAAUUUCCCAUGGAUAAUUUAUCACUUGAGAUUGUUAAAUUCAACCCAGCAACAACUAACUUAAAAUUAAACAAUUCUACAUCAUCUCAACAAUUACACCUAAAUUCUAUUUUCAAUAGCAUCGAGCAAACAUUAUCAAUAAAAGAAUCACUCAAUGUUUCUUCAAAAGUAGAUUCUGAGCUGACCAAAUUUAAACACAAUCGAGAUCAAGAACAGAUAAAUGAAAUAACAACAGAAAAAUCUUCAAUCACUCAUAAGUCUACACUUGUAAAAGUCGGUUCAAACCUAUUAACCGAAUCGCUCAUAGAAGAAAACUCUCAAGCGGAAAGAAAUGAAGAGUUACCGGCAAUGGAUCACAAUAAUUUAACUAUGUUAUGUGAGUCUUCAAGUGACAGUGAAGACAAACUUAAUGGAAUAUCUGCUUCAGCUCAAGAGAAGUUGCAAUUCACAGUAGAAGUUAUACAAGAUGAAAAAGAUGAACUACUUUCUGCAAUAGAAAUUUCACCGAAUUCAACGUUUAAAAAAAAUCUUUCAAGAAAAUCGAUCCUACGCAGCACACAAUCGAAUUCAUCAUCGCACUUCGAUACUAGUGUUCUCUUAGCGUCAAUUAAACAACAAGAACGUACACAAACUAAAUUAUUUUCAAAAAUAAAAUCGUCGAUAACUGAGUCGACAAAAACUAUAAUUAACGAUAAAACUAAUUUAGGAAAAACUUCAAAAUCAACUGAAGUAAACAAUAAGAGUAUCUCAGCCAUUAGACGAUCCUAUGCUCUACUGCCAGUUUCGACACCAGCCUCUAAUAAUCCUUCAUCAAAAAAAGAAAAUGACCUUGAUCAAGAUGAAGUACUAGCAUUCAGUCAAAUCAUGAAUGAUACAAAUGGGUGCAAUAGAAAGUAUUCUCUACCCACAAGUAGAUCUUAUUUCAAUCAGACGCUGAUCAUAAAUCUUAAAUAUUUUACAGCCAAAUUAAUAAGUUCAACAGUAAACCUAUCGAGUGUAAUGUCCGACAAUAAACCACAAGAACAUAGGAUUCAAAAUUUUGAAGAAGAAAUUGAAAAAAUGAUCUCUCACAUAAUGAACCAAGCUUUACAGAUUGCUCACGAAGCUAGAAAAUCGUCAGAACUUCACAGGCCGCCAUUUGUGAUUCAAAGUUACAAUGAGCAAGUACAAUCUACAAUAUUAUCACCAAUGGUCAAAUCGAAAAGUAAAGAUAGUCGAUGUCUCGCAUUACUAGAACAAGAUAGUAUUGUAAGAAACGCAACUUCUCAAAUUCGAAUAGAUCAAUAUCAAAAUAAUACAACAAACAUCAAAGAAAAUUCUUCUGACAACUCCAAGCCUAAACAUAUUCAACAAGAUUAUAGCAAUAUACUUUCCACGGUGAAUCCCAUGUCACUAUCAAAUACAGGUUCUUAA